AUGACCCUCUCCCAUCUGCCCAGACCCUCUCCCAUCUGCCCAGACCCUCUCCCAUCCACCCAUGACCCUCUCCCAUCGACCCAUGACCCUCUCCCAUCUGCCCAGACCCUCUCCCAUCUGCCCAGACCCUCCCCCAUCUGCCCAGACCCUCUCCCAUUCACCCAUGACCCUCUCCCAUCCGCACAGACCCUCUCCCAUCGACCCAUGACCCUCUCCCAUCGACCCAGACCCUCUCCCAUCGACCCAUGA